UUUUAUUUUUGGGCCUUUUCUCUUUUUAACCUUUUUUUUCUUGUUAAUUUUAAGAUUUUUAAAAUGAAAGAAACUGCUGAUAUUAAACAAAGUCCAAGUAUUAUUCGUCCAAAAUUAGAACAAAUCCAACGACGUUCGUCACCUAGAAAACGUCCGGCACCCAAAAUUGAAGAAUCUGAACAUGUUGUAGUUGAUGAUAUUAUUGAACCUGUUGUGCCUGAAAAACAACAAAAAACGGAGGAGGAGGUCCCACAACAAAAACAAGAAGUAGUUGAAUUUGUGAGAGGAUUUACUAACAAGGGAGCAAUUUGUAUUUGGCAUAACGGAUUUCGCUAUCACAAACAUUAUGGAACUUAUUGGCGUUGUAGUAACCGCAAAUGUCCGGCAAAUGCAACAGCUUCUGAACAAGAAGAUGGCAAAAUUGUUGGAAGAGUACGAAAUACGCAUACUCAUUUACCUCAACCUGAGCAAAGAUUGGCUGAAAUUAAACGUCAAGAAUUACGACAACGAGCUAGAGAUGAACCUCAUAUAAGCAGGGCAACUUUAAUUGCAAGUAUUCGAGCUGGAAUUGAUGAUGAAACUUUUGUGGCUUUGGGAACGGAUGCUUCUCUUUCGCAUAUGGCUUAUAGGUAACUUUUUAUUAAUUGUCCUGGUCCUUUAUAUGUUCUCUAGCUGCUUCUCGUACCUUUGUUUCCUAUUUUUUAUGGCUGUGAGAUCUAUUCUAGCUUGGGGCUUGGACCUUUACCUGUGUUUUUCUUCCCGUAAGGGCAAGAUUCG